AUCACAGUAACACUCUCCUCUGAGAUUUUAGGAUUGUGGGUUCGCUCUCUGAGCUUGGUUCUGCAGCAAAGAUGGUAUCUUUGUGCUCCUCUGACAAUAACAGCUUCUGGGUCGGCUCUGUUUUUGAGGCUAUGGUGGUCAACACUGUUCUUGCUGCUCACAACUCUCUUGCUCUGUGGCUCUUGGCGGCAGGAUCCCUGAUGAAUGACAUCAAUGUGUCUCCAAAAUUGUCUGCAGUCACCGGAAGCUUUCCUUUUGAAGAACUUUUCAAAUUGCAAAAACCUGGUCCAGAAAACAAAGAUGCCAGCGACACUGAGGAUGACGAGGAAGAUGAUGUCGAUGAUGUGCCUGAGGAGGAAGAUGAUGCAUCAGAUGAGGACUUCUCAGGCGAAGAAGGGGAAGAUGCAGACCCUGAGGAUGAACCUGAAGCCAAUGGUGAUGGAGGAAAUGAUGACGAUGAUGAGGAGGACGAGGAUGAUGAUGAUGGUGGCGAUGAUGAUGAUGAGGAUGCAGAGGAGGAAGAAGAGGAAGACGAGGAGGAGGUUCCCCAGCCUCCUGCUAAAAAGAGGAAGUGAGAAGUAGUGUGUAUCGUCAUGUGUCCUAGUUUCUUUAUGGUUUAGGUCAGGAGUUAUGGAGUAGUGAUUUGAGAUUGAUAUUUGUAGGACCCCUUUGAUGUGGUGUUAUUUACAUUCUUCUGAUGUGUUCAAUGGUUGUUACCUUCCUAUUAUCAGACUUUGUUAAUGGACCUUAGUAGGCAUUGGUAAGACUUGUUUUAUGUUCUGGCAAA